AUGUCGGGCUUGUGUGUGAUUUGUAAUCAGAAAAUAAGUUCUGAAGAGGCUAUUGUGUGUAUUGGAAACUGUGGCAGGGUGUUUCACUAUGAGUGUGCCAGUGAAAGAUACGCUUCGCUGAAAACACGAGGUUCUAAAAAGGAGUGGACCUGUGAUGAUUGUCGGCCAAAACAAUUAACCUCUGCUACAAAGAAUGUUGGUAUGGAAGAAACACCAGCUACCAAUCAUGAUGCUCUGGUAAAUAUUCUGAAUAGUUUUAAGGCUGAAAUUUGCUCCGAACUUAAAGAAUAUAGAAAGCAGUUUGAUGAAUUCAAGUUAGCCCUAGAUGUUGUCUCUGACAAAUUGGAUCAAUCAAACAUGAAGAUGGCCCAGCUAUCAGAAAACUACAAAGACCUAAAGAAGGAAAAUAAAGAAUUAAAGGAUAGCAAUAAAGUAUUAUGUGAAGAAGUCAAUAGCCUGAAAACUAGAGUGAGACUUGCAGAGCAGUAUUCUAGAAAAUGUAAUGUGGAGAUCCAGGGAAUACCAGUGACUACCAACGAAGAUGCUGUGAGCUUAGCUACAGACGUGGGUGCUGCACUGGGGGUUGUGCUGAGUGCGGAAGAUGUGAUGGCGGCCCACAGAGUACCGACCUUCCGACCUAGAGCCGCGCCACGCUGGUCGUCCAACUCAGGGAUAGGAGGAUGA